AUUUUAAAAAUAGCCAUGCUUGGAUUAUACAGCUAUGCUUAAUUUUUAGUCUUUCACUCUUCCUUCUCUUCAUUCAGAGUUUGGCUAGAUUGGUAACAGCCAUCAAGGACAUCUUUCGAAAUCUCUUGCUGAAACAUGUUGGAAGACGGCGGAUCUUGUUUUCACCCAGAAGAUAUUUUUUCCUUCCUCAUUUUGAAUUGAUUGUCAACAGAUGUGGCAGCCACACGCUUUGGUUGGGUUGGCUCUUAAAGUCAUUGGUGAAAGACAGAGAUGAAUCCCCUUCACACCGGCACUUGGCAAAACAGCGCCGCAUCUUUCUGGCUUCUGAAAUUCGGUUUGAUUUGGCUCCUCGGUCAGAAGUGCUGCACAGCAAGUGCGGUUUGGACUGCUUACAUGAACAUCUCAUUUCACGUGGGGAACCGCAUGUUGUCAGAGCUAGGGGAGACCGGGGUCUUCGGAAGAAGUUCCAACUUGAAGAAAGUAGCAGGAGUCGUUGUGCCACCAGAGGGAAAAACUCAGAAUGCUUGUGAUCCCAACACCGGUUUCAUCCGGCCGCAGAACAACGAGCCCUGGAUUGCACUCAUUGAACGAGGAGGUUGCACUUUCACACAGAAAAUUAAGGUGGCUUCUGAGAAUGGAGCCAAAGGAGUGAUAAUCUAUAACUUUCCAGGUACUGGCAACCAGGUUUUCCCCAUGUCUCACCAGGCAUUUGAAGACACCAUCGUAGUUAUGAUUGGUAACUUAAAAGGCAUGGAAAUUUUGCAUUUAAUUCGGAAGGGGGUUCUGGUUACAGUCGUGGUUGAGGUGGGGAGAAAGCAUAUUAUCUGGCUGAAUCACUAUUUUGUCUCCUUUAUGAUCGUGACAACCGCUACUUUAGCGUAUUUCGCCUUUUAUCAUAUUCGGAGACUCUGGGUUGCAAGGAUUGAGACCAGGAGAUGGAAGCGAUUAACAAGAGAGCUCAAGAAAGCUUUUGGCCAGCUGCAAGUUCGAGUAUUAAAAGAGGGCGAUGAGGAAGUAAAUCCGAAUGCGGAUAGCUGUGUCAUCUGCUUUGAACACUAUAAGCCUAAUGAUACAGUUCGUUUUCUCACGUGUAAACAUUUUUUCCACAAGAAUUGCAUCGACCCCUGGAUCCUAGCCCAUGGCACUUGCCCCAUGUGCAAAUGUGACAUUCUGAAAGCUCUGGGGAUUCAAAUGGACAUUGAGGAUGGAACGGAUUCUCUGCAAGUUCUGAUGGCAAGUGAGCUGCCUGAAACCUUUCCACCUAUGGAAGAAGAGACAAAUAAUGAACUUCCUCCUGCAGGAACUUCAGGAAAAGUGACCCAUGUCCAGGAGCACCCUACUUCUGCAGACUCUGAUAGCCAGCCUCCUGCAGCAGAGGAAACUGGCCAUCCUUCACCUGGACAGCAUGACCUUUGAGCAAGUGGAUUAAACCUGUUGGUCAAGUCAGAUCCUCAUACUGACAAGCA